AUGAGUUACACCAGUAUGAGUUACACGAGUAUGAGUUACACCAGUAUGAGUUACACCAGUAUGAGUUACACCAGUAUGAGUUACACCAGUAUGAGUUACACCAGUAUGAGUUACACCAGUAUGAGUUACACCAGUAUGAGUUACACCAGUAUGAGUUACACCAGUAUGAGUUACACGAGUAUGAGUUACGAGUAUGAGUUACACGAGUAUGAGUUACACCAGUAUGAGUUACACCAGUAUGAGUUACACCAGUAUGAGUUACACCAGUAUGAGUUACACCAGUAUGAGUUACACCAGUAUGAGUUACAACCAGUAUGA